ACUUUGAGCUGGAGAUCUUACCAUUUUUCAGAGUCAACGUAUUAUUCAAGAAAAAAUCAAUAGUCAACUUUGACGGAACUGAUUAACCGUCAACAUCCAACUCUCCUGGAUCUGAGUCGUGCUUGGCGGUUGCCGGGCAAAUUAUUCAAAAAAGCAACAGAAAUUCCAACUGAAAAACAUAAACAUCAGCGACAAUUCUUCAUCGUGGAUGCAAAAUUCCGAAUCCCCAGAAGAGAAAUGUUGUUCUUCAAACCUCUGUUUCUGUUCUUCCCCCUUCUCUCGCCACUCUGCGCAUCCCGAAUCCCCAGAAGGGAAAUGUUCUUCAAACCUCUGUUUCUGUUCUUCCUCCUCCUCUCGCCACUCUGCGCAUCCAUUGACACCAUAACAGUCAACCAACAGCUCAAAGACGGCGACUCUAUAGUCUCCAAAGACAUAAAAUUUGAGUUGGGAUUCUUCGGGCCCGACAACUCUAGUAGUUCCAGGUACGUCGGAAUCUGGUAUGCAAAUCAACCGGAAAAAACAGUUGUUUGGGUGGCAAACAGAGACAACCCCGUCAACGAUAGUUCCGGAGUUCUAGCAAUUAACAGGUACGGAAACCUGGUUCUCUCUGCUGCUGGGAACAUUUCCAUUUGGUCAACGAAUGUGUCUGUCGAUGUCCAAACCAGAAGCACUUUUGUAGCUCAGCUUUUAGAUUCUGGAAAUUUAGUGCUUUUCCAGGAAAAUAAAAGUGAGAGCUUGAUUUGGCAGAGUUUUGAUUACCCAACUGACACUUUACUUCCAGGAAUGAAAAUUGGGUUCAAUUGGAAAACUGGGUUGGAAUGGAAAUUGACAUCAUGGAAUUCCGAAAAGGACCCUGGAACCGGGGACUACAGUUUUAGGGUGGUUUCCAAUUCAACUGCCACCCCACUAAUUGUUGUGUUUAAGGGUUUGAGCAAGUAUUGGAGAUCUGAUCCAUGGGCGUGGCCGAAUUUUGUAAGCAAUGAUGAGGAAAUGUACUAUUAUUUUACUCCGAGUGAAAACGGUUCUGUAGCACAAGCGGUUUUGAGGGAUUAUGGAUUGUAUCAACAGCUGAAAUGGAGUGAUGCUGAUGAUCAGUGGGAGGAAUAUUGGUCUGCACCCAAAUAUCGGUGUGACAAGUACGGACAGUGCGGUGCUAACAGCAUAUGUAGCCCUGACAACGUUAAUCUGUUUGAGUGUGAGUGUUUACCUGGUUAUGAACCGAAAUCUGUGAAUGAUUGGAAUCAGAGAAAUGGGUCGGAUGGGUGCGUGAGCAAGCGAAUUGGGGGGUCGAAAUGUGGGAAUGGGGACGGGUUUGUGACGGUUCAAAGAGUGAAAGAUCCAGAUGCAUCGAUAGGAGCACAGUUGGUUAAAAGCAUGAGUGAUAAAGAGUGUGAGCAGGUGUGCUUAAACAAUUGUUCAUGCACUGCAUAUAUGAGCUUAGGGCGGGAAGGGCGGAUUGAUUGCAUGACAUGGUAUGAUGAUUUGAUGGACAUUUUAGUGCGCACAGAGGUGGGAGGAGACUUAUAUGUUCGCGUGGACAAAAUCGAAUUAGGUAAGCAUUCCAGCAAAUCAAAAGGUUUUUUGAGACGGAGGGGCGCUGUGGUUAUUCCAAUAGUUUCGGUACUGGUGGCAUUGGUACUAAUCAUUGUGUUUGCCUGCUGGCGGCAUAAGAGAAAGAGUAAAACAAAAGACUACAUGGAGGUAGAUGAACUUGAGGAAACUAGGAGACACCCUGAGUUGCAAUAUUUCGACCUGAGCACCAUACUAGCGGCCACAGACAACUUCUCGCCCGUUCAUAAACUCGGCCAAGGGGGUUUUGGCACUGUUUAUAAGGGCCAGUUACCAAAUGGGCAGAUAGUAGCUGUGAAAAGAUUGUCAAGAACUUCAGGACAAGGGGUUGAAGAAUUCAAAAAUGAAGUUGCACUGAUAGCAAGACUUCAACACCGGAAUCUCGUGAAACUUUUAGGCUGUUGUAUAAAGGGAGAAGAAAGGAUAUUAGUCCUGGAACACUUGCCAAACAACAGUUUGGACUACUUUCUUUUUGAUCACAAAAGAAGGUCCUUGUUGGAUUGGGAUAACCGUUUUGAAAUCAUCAAUGGGGUUGCUCGUGGGAUUCUGUAUCUUCACCAGGACUCAAGAGUUAGGAUUAUCCAUAGGGAUCUAAAAACCAGCAAUAUUCUUCUAGAUGCUGAGAUGAACCCAAAAAUUUCUGAUUUCGGCAUGGCAAGAAUACUCCAUGGGGACCAACUGCAGGACAAGACGAACAGAAUUGUUGGAACAUAUGGCUAUAUGUCACCAGAGUAUGCAGUGUUUGGGAGAUUUUCAACAAAGUCGGAUGUCUUUAGUUUUGGGAUCAUAUUAUUGGAGAUUGUAAGCAGCAAGAAAAACAACGGUUUAUAUCAGGAGGAUCAUUCCAUGAACUUGAUAGGACAUGUUUGGCAGCUGUGGAGAGAAGGCAGAGCCUUUGAAAUUGUGGAUUCGUCAUUAGAGUCAAAUCAGUCCGAGGAAGUCAUGAGAUGCAUUCAGGUUGGCCUUUUGUGUGUGCAAGAAGAUCCAGAGGACCGCCCAACCAUGGCAGCUGUUGUUGUCAUGUUAAGUGGCGAAGCAUCUCCUCCAGUACCUAAGCAGCCUGCAUUUGUAUUCAGAAAAAACCCCUGCAGUAAUGCUGAUCCAUCAGUUUCGAAGGAAUCAUGUUCUAUAAACGACCUGACAAUAACUAAAUUUCAAGCUCGAUAAUGAUGCAGCAGGCUCUUUUGCUUGCAUAGUUAUCGAACUUCUAUUCUUUUUAUUUCCCUUAUAAUUGUCUGUCCCUAUACUGCUGGCAUUUGUUGGCCUUUGUAUGACACACCGGAAAUGCAUUAGAAAGCAACGUGUGGUUUCAAUGUAUGCGUAAGCGACCGGAACAUGAAUCUUUUGAGCAAUGAUGAGAGAAUACGGAUGCAGUCUAAGCGAUCGGGAGUUUGAGCUCAGAUGACUUAGCAAUUUUAAGAUAUUCGAGUACCUUUGAAUUUGAGUGACUUGAUCAUUUCACUGUCUUUCUUGUUGCAAUAAUUCUGAUACUUUAUUGUGGUUGAAGGUGGAGAAUAUUUCAUAUUUGUCAAAUUGCAGAUAACCCUUGAAACGUUCAAAA